GUUCCGUGCCCUCUCGGAUCUACAGUUCCCAGUGCCAGAUCUUCGAGAUGACCAAGUUGAACCUCGUGACAAAGUCAAGAUGAACCCCUUGCCUGCCGAACGCGAGAAAUUUCUCACUUGGAGUCAGGAUGCCUUCCCCGAGAUGCCAGAAGAUGUCCGUCAUCUACUAGCUCUCUGCAAGUACGUCUGCGACCUUAAUGCGUCCAACUACAUGAUGUCCAAUAAGCAAAAAUUGGUUCUGUCCAUGCUUGCAGAUGGGCAUGCCUGGCGAGCGCAUCAUAGACAGAUAUUUCAUUAUGAAGACGGAGCUUGGGUUCGCACGUCAUCGCUCGUGAUCGAGGCAUGGGAUGUCUUCCUCGCCCUCGAAGGCUUAUUCAUCCAGUUGGCCUUGAACCUGGAGACAGAAAACGCGACUCCAGCUUGGUCAUGGUCGGACGCGAGUGUCUACAUCAUGGACAUCAUACAGAAUCUGACGAACAACGUCCCCGAUGUCUCGAACGAACUCAGAUCCAUCGCGAAGCAGAACAGUGACCAUCUUCGCAAAGCCACAGGCAACAAAACCUGGCAUGCUGCAUGGAGUCGACGAGUCGCUGAUAUGCUUGUCCAGAUUCGAAAGUCCUGGGAAUGCGAGCACAACAUCAAGGCCUUGUCCAAGUUAUUCCUUGUCGAAUGGGAUAGCCCAAUGCCCAAAUCGAAUGGAGUCUGUUUCGAUGAUGUUUAUGUUACCGACCAGUGGGAGUUGCAGCCCAAAGGCCCGCAUCGCAACUGCUACCUCAAGCUCAACUACGACUUCCUGUAUGAGAAGGCAAUGCACAAGUAUCCCAAUUUCGACAUUCGCGAGACGAAGCGUGCUUUGCGUCUUUUCAUUGAGUCCGUCUACUAUGACAACCAGCCUGCGUAUCAAAUCAAACUGUGUUUCAUGCACGCAAGGGCGGGGAUGGAAGCCAUCUUGGACAAGGCUUUGUUCGGCGAGUUGGCAACAUCAACUCUCGAUUGCGGCGUCUUCUUAGACAGAGCAGAGUUCAGGAAGUCAGCCGAAUUGGCUUGGAAUCGUGCGAACGUCCGGAUCCAGGAGAUGGAUCACAAUGGCCGCUUUGUCGCCGACAUUUGGAAGAGGUUCGUGGUUGAUGAAGACAUUGACUGUCGAGUCAACUACGGCUUCACAGCCAAAAGGCGUUUCGGUGAGUGCAUGAAGAUACANNCAAUCAUCGAGGAGGCCUACGAUCGUCGAAAGUCCUGUCAACAGCUACAGCGUCGAGUCGUGUGUGUACGCAUGGGCAAAGGCGUUUUCACCUCAGAUGACACAGCAGUUGACCAUGCUAAGGGAGUGUUUCGACUGAUCCCCCAGGACGAGCUCACUGCCUUGCUUGCCCAUCCGGUCACUGCAGCAAUCUAUCUGAGGGAAUACUGCAUUCCUUUCUUCCAGGAGACGAGUCUUACCGAGUGCUUGCACAUGAUCCAUGACUUGUCCUCAGUGCAUCCUGAUCUUGCUCGUGACACCGACUGGCUGGCUUCUCGCUUGUCUGGUGGCAAUGCACCUCCACCGGGCGUUGAGAAAGACCUUAUGAGCACCUACAAUGACCUUCUUGUGGCCACACAUGAAGCGACGCCGUACAGGCGCCUCAUCAAGGAGUACCUUGUACACAAGGUGGAGGCUCUGCCUGGCUGUAUUGGCUCUUCGAAAGGCAAACGUACAAAGUUGUCGUAUUUGGUCGAGGCGAUUGACAAUAGCACCUUCAAGUUGUUCAAACAAGUGGAUCAUGGGGUUUUCAGCAAACUCCUGGUUGAUUGGACGAAAUUGCUCCACAUCAUGAACAACAACGGUGGUGCCGAUGUCUUCGGUGACUGGGCAACAUGGUGCUGUCCUUUCGAUUUACUUCAUCUACAGGAAAAAUGGGUUGGCGAUGCCUUUACCAUGCAGCGGGAUCACAUGGUCUCCCACAAAACCGCUGGCGGUGACUCCAGCAACCUGGGCCGUCCAAGUGUUCAGCAAGUACAUGAAAAGGCCAACAUUGACGAGCUUCGAGAAUAUGCUCUACUUGGAACGGACAGGAGACAGCCACUUCUCGAACAGUAUAUCAUGCGCCAUGAAUCCCAAGGGUUGCGCGAUGGAUCUUUCUCCACAAUCAUCGUUGACUACUAUCAGCCGACAAAUUAUGGAAGACUACUUGCUCGCGGGGUCGCUGGUCAAAAACUGACUCGAGAAGCUCGGCACGCAGCUUUUGGAGGGCAUUGCGUUGAAGUGGAUGCUCCGUGUUGUCAUCCCCGGUUGUUGGGCAUGACUCUGCUGAAGCUUGGAUUGUGGGAUGCGCAGAAGUAUCCCAUGCUGAACAAGUUCACAGAGAACUACCAGGCAUGGAGACAAGCCAUCGCGGACUAUGAGGAUAUCUCUCUGGCCGAUGCCAAAGUUGAACUGAUUAGUUCAGAAAGCGGCGGAAGUAUUGCUUCGCCAUCCAUCGUCAUCCCACGUGGUCGGAUUGUACCAGGAAAUUGUGACUGGGAACACUAUGACACUUCGCUUGAGGAUGUUCCGAACAACUGUUUGCUUCGGAGCAUUGCAGGGCUUGAGUCUACAUGUGACCUGACCGGCAUCCAGCCCGACUCGGACGAUGUUACCUUGUCCGCCAAGGAAGUCUCUAUGGUCAUCAAACGCUGUUCCAAGAAGACCUGUCGCGUACACCAUCACUACAACUACAGGAAAGUGGAAGGUCAGAAGUACCACAGCCUGGACCUGGACCAGAUGGAAUACAUCUUUGUGAACAGCAAAGUUGGUUUCAGCCGGCAAUUCCUCGACUACCACAAUGCCUUGCAGUUCCGCGGUGGUCUGAGUCACAAUGCCAUCAUGUUCGCACAAGGCGAGGUAAUGUGGGAAGACCGCGAUCAGCACGCCCGAUGGCACAUGGAGUAUGCCAAUGCACAACUCUACUAUCAGGUCCUGAAGGAGGCUACCCAGAUGUGGACAACCCCACCAUGUCGCAAGCAAUUGUUCAGCAUCCGUGUUGAGCAGCCUUUGGAGAAUGAGUUCCUUGAUUUCUAUCGUGAUUGGUGGCAUCGCAAGCAGUUCUCCUUGGCAGAUUGGCGUGCCGUGAAGGAGGUCGUCAUCGAUGGCCACGAAAAGGUCUCGGCGAAGUGCCAAGGGCCUCCUCCUGCACAUGUGGGACGCCCUCGAAAGAAUGGGGCCAACAAGCAGCGCCACAAUGGCUGGUUCAUGGCUAUGGAUCCCCGUAGUGGCAUGGUCAUGUCGGUGGCUGACAUGGAAGAGCCAGAGAACAACGUGGUCGCCAAGAAUGUCUUGCGGAAGGUUGUCACAAAGGCUGUCAACCUCAACUGCGUCAUUUACGACAAGAUGUGUGUGUGCCUAAAAUCCUUUGCGACGGACAAGGAUUUCAAGCAGGUGAAGUACUGGUCCAUUGACCGUUUCCAUGCAAAGGCUCACUCCGUUUCCUGCCCUUGCUCGCCCAUUCAUGUCCGUCGACUUGAUCUACGUCUCCGCUCUGUUAACUCCUCCAUAGCCGAGCAGACAUUUUCAUGGUUUCGCGGCUAUGCUUGCAGCUUUAACACGAAGGCACAUGACACGCACAUCUUCUAUGUGCUCCUGUAUGUCAAGAUGCACAACAGCCUCGUGCGUCAGAACAGACUUCAGCAUCUCAACGCAUUCAGUGCUCGUUCGAAGAUCGCAAAGGCCGCCCGUGUCCUCCGCAAGCCUGCCAGCAAGAAGUAUCAUUGCCGUCGUCCCGCUUCGUCCGUCAACCUCAUCAAGCCGGUCCACAAGAAGCCCGCAAACAAAGUCAGGAAGAACAACCU